AUGUCAUCUGACGAAGCUUUCGUGACCGAUCGAGAACAAGCCGAACUCGGUCAAACCGGUCAAAACGUAGAAGCUGAAGACAAAGCUGUUGAGCAAAGUGAGGCCACUGGAACUAUCUCUCAAGACGAAGUCAAGGGACUCAAAGAUUCUAUUGGAGGUGGAGAAGUUCUCGAUGACUCUGAAGGUUACACUCGUUCAUCAAACAAAGACUCGUCCGCUAUGAAGCAAGAAGACGAAGUAGAUGCAGCAGUAGCUGACUUGGAAUAG